AUGAUCAAGAACAAUGGAGAUGGUGAGCACCUUGGGGUCCGAAGAAAUGGAAAUUUAAGGCACCCCUCCAACAAUAUGAAAAUUCCCAGGAGAGCUCAAUCAACAGUUCUUAAUUCAAAUCCGUUUUCUGGUAGGAAGUACUCGAUGUCUACUUUGACGCCGAGGGAUAUAUGUCGAAGCGUUGACUCUAGAGUAUUUGUGGAUAUGUCAUCGCCCAAUUUUCAAACCCUCGAGGAUCCUCACAGGGAUGAGAUCAUAAAUAGUGUACGACUCAACUACUUAAACAGCAGCAAAAGAAGUUCCGUCUCUCAUGGGCAUGAAGUAAAUCCCAGGGUUAAUCCGGCCAAAAAUUCUUCAGCAAGUACUAUAGCCGCAGCAAAUAUAGAUAGUGAUGAGGAUGAGAGUAAUUUGAACAGCGCUGGAGGCGACAUAACGCAUGAUAUUUACAAGUUGGUUAAAGCAGAGGAUCCUAAACGACUCAGACGUCCUCGGUCUAUGGAAAAUGUAACUUCUAAGAUUGAGCAUCACACUAAAUUGUCAUCAGCAAGUGGAUUGAAUGUCCCCGGUGGCUUCAGAAGGGAAUUUAUUGUCAACAAAAAGAGACAAGAACAUCAAUUAAAUGAUUCCGCUAGCUCAGACUUUACUUCACAUGAAAGUGAUUCAAUUAACCAGCCAUCUUCAUCUUCUGACCAAGAUAUUGAUAAGGUCCCCUUUUUAACAAGGAACUUCUUGGAAUUUUUAUACGUGUUUGGGCAUUUUGCUGGUGAAUCUUUUGAGGAUGAUUUUAUCCCUGAUAGCUCAAACAUGAUGAUACGCGGAGAAGAUGAAAGGAGUGCAUUGCUAUCUCGGCCUGACCAUAUGAAGGUGUUGCCUUCAGCCAAGGGUACAACUUCGACAAAGAAGGUUUUUUUGAUAUUGCUCAAAUCUUUUAUCGGAACAGGCGUUUUAUUUUUACCCAAUGCAUUUCAUAAUGGUGGUUUGUUUUUCUCAGUAAGUAUGCUGGCGUUUUUUGGGGUUUAUUCAUAUUGGUGCUACUAUAUAUUGGUACAGGCCAAAUCUUCAUGUGGCGUAUCCUCCUUUGGUGAUAUUGGGUUGAAGUUGUAUGGACCUUGGAUGAAAAUAAUUAUUCUUUUUUCCCUGGUAAUAACACAAGUUGGGUUCUCUGGAGCUUAUAUGAUAUUUACUGCAAAAAAUUUGCAAGCUUUUCUUAAUAACGUGUUUCAUGUGGGCGUUCUACCUUUAUCUUACCUGAUGGUGUUUCAAACGAUCAUUUUUAUUCCGCUUUCAUUUAUUAGAAACAUUUCCAAAUUGUCACUACCUUCUUUACUAGCGAAUUUUUUUAUCAUGGCUGGUUUAGUCAUAGUCAUUAUCUUUACAGCCAAAAGGUUGUUUUUCGAUCUGAAGGCGACCCCAGCAAUGGGGGUCGUAUACGGUUUAAAUGUAGAUCGUUGGACGCUGUUUAUCGGAACAGCAAUAUUUGCUUUCGAAGGAAUUGGGUUAAUUAUUCCGGUUCAAGACUCAAUGAGGAAUCCUGAGAAAUUUCCUUUGGUACUUGCUUUGGUUAUUUUAACGGCCACAAUACUUUUCAUUUCCAUAGCUACAUUGGGGUACCUAGCAUACGGCUCAAAUGUUAAAACAGUUAUUCUUUUGAACUUGCCUCAAAGUAACAUUUUCGUAAAUUUAAUCCAAUUGUUCUAUUCCAUUGCAAUUAUGUUGUCUACGCCUUUACAGUUAUUUCCAGCUAUCAAGAUUAUUGAAAAUAAAUUUUUUCCUAAAUUCACUAAAAUAUAUGUCAAGCACGAUGACUUAACAACAAGAGUCGAAUUACGUCCCAACUCAGGAAAGCUAAACUGGAAGAUAAAAUGGCUGAAGAACUUUAUACGUUCAAUUAUCGUAAUUAUCGUUGUAGCAAUUGCUUAUUUUGGAUCCGAUAAUUUAGACAAGUUUGUUUCAGUGAUAGGAUCUCUCGCCUGUAUUCCUUUGGUAUAUAUAUACCCAUCAAUGUUGCAUUUGCGAGGCAAUAGUCUUCCAGAGACUAAAGGGGAAUUUUGGAGGUUCAAACCAAUGUUGGAUACCAUUUUAAUUUUUUUUGGCAUAGCAAGCAUGCUCUAUACGUCUUAUCAAAGUAUUUUUGGUGUCUAG